GAAAACUUUAUUCUCAAGAGAUUUCUCAUUCCGCAGAAAUAAGGAUCUGGCAUGUCAACACAAACAUAGGAAGUUGAUGCAGUCAAAGGGAAGUAACUGCUACCCUGACUCUGCUGAGAGCCUCACAAGUCCCUGUGCACGCCAGCUUAUUUGCCAGUGAGUGGCGUCAUGAUAAGACAAAAUUCUCUGCUCUGAGACCUAAGCACAUGAAGUUUUUAAAAAAAUUUUCUCUGGGAAGAUCCCAUUUUUUACUCUAAAAGAUCAGACCAGUGUGGCAUGUGUGGAACUGCUCUGUACCAAGAUCACACUCUUCAGUUGGAGAAGAGGAAGGGCAGGAAUAAAUAAAGGGCUUUCCUGUCUCCCGAGGGAGCAGAGAAAGCUUUCUCUGUCCUCUUCCUUCCCCAGCCACAGCCUGGGGUUGGGGGACUGGAAACAAGCUCAGGCUAGCACUUGAUGUUCAGACGGUAGUCUGAAAGUUUGACUAGGGAGUUAAUGAUCUGACCAGAGAGACAGGUUUUUAUUUUGAGAACUGACAAGCUUUGUGUCCUUAAAACAAAGGAAGUAAUUAAACCAAGGCCACAGAAAGAAAAAGAUGUUGCUGGUCCAUUUGACGAAGAAGUCCAGAGCGGCUUGUGACUUCAGUCUGGCUUUGCAGAGCCCAGGUGCUCUCUCCACCUCCUGCCAGGUUCCCCUAUGAAGGCUUUGCUCUCAGACUCUCCCCUUGUGGAGACAAAAAUCCCACAGCAAGUGGAAACCGAAGUGCCUUGGAAAAAGUUAUUCUGGCAGCUCCUAUACAAGUCCCCCAUCAGAUGCUGGUAUUGGACCAGCUUUGGUUAUAAAGCCCUGCUGUGGCACAAAAAGGAAUGUCGUCCUGAUACAGCAGCCUCGGGUCACCCAAUCCACUCCAGAUACUAUGGCUGCAGCAUCAAUGUAAGCAGACAAGUUGUGCUGCCUCUGAAAUAAAGUAGAUGAAAUAUUCAGCAGCAGAAAGAACAAGUUUCCACUCCAGUGAACUAAUUCAAAUGUAUCCAGCAUCUAGAUAUAUGUAUAAAUGUAAUUAAAACAUAUUGAGCAUCUAGAGCAUCUCUCCCAAGAUAAUUACCACCUGAUAGUAAUGGCUAUAAAAGCUAAAAGUGGAAUCAGUCUACAUGUUUAGCAAUAGGAAUCAAUUGAAGCAUACAUCAAAAUGCAGACAGUAGUAUUGCAAGGUCUUCGUUACCUGUAUCUUGUGUGGACCUCCUGUCUCAUCCUGUGACUUGGAAUGCCUAACCUUCUGGGAAUGCAGCCCAGUAGGUCUCAGCCUUAUUUCACCCAGCUCCUAUUCAAGAUGGAGUCCCUCUGGUUUGAACACCUCUGACAAUGAAUAACCCUAUACCUUCCAAUUUGAAAUCAGAAGCAAAAAAGGCUGCCAAAAUAUUAAGAGAAUUCACAGAAAUAACUUCCAGAAAUGGACCUGAUAAGAUCAUUCCUGCUCACGUAAUUGCGAAGGCUAAAGGCCUUGCAAUUCUGUCUGUGAUCAAAGCCGGGUUCCUGGUGACUGCCAGAGGAGGCAGCGGGAUUGUAGUGGCGCGCCUUCCAGAUGGAAAAUGGUCUGCACCCUCAGCCAUUGGGAUAGCUGGCCUUGGUGGAGGAUUUGAAAUAGGAAUUGAGGUAUCAGACUUGGUGAUAAUUCUGAAUUAUGACCGUGCUGUAGAAGCUUUUGCAAAAGGCGGAAAUCUAACCCUCGGAGGGAACUUGACUGUGGCGGUUGGGCCCUUGGGAAGGAACUUGGAAGGAAACGUGGCCCUGAGAAGCUCCGCUGCUGUCUUCACAUACUGCAAGUCGAGGGGACUCUUUGCAGGCGUGUCUUUAGAAGGGAGCUGUUUGAUUGAAAGGAAAGAAACUAAUAGAAAAUUUUAUUGUCAAGAUAUCCGAGCUUAUGACAUUUUAUUUGGAGAUACACCGCGGCCUGCUCAAGCCGAAGAUCUUUAUGAAAUUCUUGAUUCCUUUACUGAAAAGUAUGAAAAUGAAGGACAACGAAUCAAUGCAAGAAAAGCAGCAAGGGAGCAGAGGAAGUCUUCUGCUAAAGAAUUACCUCCAAAGCCAUUGUCAAGAUCACAGCAGUCAUCUGCACCAGUCCAGCUGAACUCUGGCUCUCAAAGCAAUUUGAAUCAACCCAUAGAAGUGACAGCGCUGUAUUCAUUUGAAGGACAGCAGCCUGGGGAUUUGAAUUUUCAAGCUGGAGACAGAAUCACAGUUAUAUCAAAAACAGAUUCACAUUUUGAUUGGUGGGAAGGAAAACUUCGAGGUCAAACUGGCAUUUUUCCAGCCAACUAUGUAACCAUGAAUUAAAGCGUAUACUAUUUUCUUCUUUGAGAAUUACAAAAAAAUUAUUUCUACACUGACAGGAUUUACUAGUUAAGCAAUGUUUAAUAUAAAUUUUAAAAAACUUCUGUUCUACAAAAUUUCCAUUCCGUAUGUAAAAGAUUUUGUUUUUCUAUAUAAAAAGAGCUGACUGACAUAUCUUUAAAUACUUUGUACUAACUUUAUCACACUUGCUGUGUCAUAGAAUAUCAUACAAUUUAUAUGCUCAUAGUUCUUUUGUGAACACUUCAAACAUCGCUAAGCAUUUGAUCUGGCCAUGUAUAUGGUAGCUGUGUUUUAAUUUGAGAAUCUUGAGGGUAGAGCCACGAAUUUCAAUUCUUACAUUUCCAUUUGCAAAGUGACUAGAGAAAAAGAAAUCAGCUUAAAUGAGGUAUUAAGUAAUGUUUAGAGUUGUAGGUAUUAACUAGAAUAUAAAUCCUUAGAAAUUGUCUUUAUACCUUCAAAAAUUAUACUAUGCAUUUAUCAUAGAAAUAUGAUUACAAAGAAGUCUGACUACCAUGUCUUUAAACAUAUGGCAUCUCUCAACUUUUCUCCUUAUGGGGCUACAUUUGUUCAUUUCCAGCAGUAGCAUAAACUUAUGGUGACAUGGUAGACUUGUAUCUAAAUAAAAUUUUUAAAUGUUUACUAAGUUAA